AUGUCCGAUGAUGGCGGAAUAUACCCGGUGGAUUCAGGCGUGAUUCGGUGUAUAUGCGGGUUUGAUCAUGAUGAUGGAUUCACAAUUCAGUGCGAAAAAUGCAAUGCCUGGCAACACGCGAUAUGUGUUGAUAUUUACGACGACGAAUCCGUUCCCGAAGUAUACCUUUGUAACCGCUGCGGCGACAGAAAAGUAGAUGCUGCGGCGGCUACAGAGCGGCAACUAAAGAAUUUGAAGAAAAGAAAACGUGUAGUUCGCCGCGUGUCAGAUAUGGAGGGCACAAAUGGCAAGACGAGCUCGGCUAUAGCCGCUCCCGAGGGCAAGAAACGCGGCCGCAAAAAGCGCCAACCCGAAGCAGAGGAAAUCGUGCCAGACACGCCACUAUCCUACUUUGUUCGUACCAAGGCAAAUUCCAUCACUGAGCUGGCCUCAGACUACCUGGAAGGUCUGCCUGUGUGCGAUGCGGUAACAUACUUGAGCGCCGCGGAGUAUGCAAGGGCAAAGCCAGCGUCAAUCACAAUUCAAAGGUUUGACAAGGGAUUUGGCGUGAACAUGUACGGACUGAUCGCAAACUCCAACUUAUCACGCGACAGAUUUGUUAUAGAAUUCUGUGGAGAAGUCAUGACACUCGAUGAGUAUAAAAUGAACCCGGUGAACCAGUACAGGCUUUUUGGAUGCCCCAAGCCUGGAGUUUUGUUUGUUCCCCAGCUGCUUUUGGCAGUUGAUGGUCGCUGUGUAGGCAGCGACGCAGUAUUUAUUAGACGUUCGUCUACUCCGAAUCUUCGGUUCUCACCUGUGAUUGUUGAAAACAUGUUGCAUGUCGUUGCGUUCGCCAAUCAGCCUAUUAAAUCCGGUACAGAGCUUACAGCACCCUGGGACUGGGAUUCCGAGCACCCAAUCCAAAAGCUACGGCAUAUGGACUUGGGCGACUUGGAUGAAAAGGACCAGGAAUGUUUGGGGGCCACUGCAGCAGCCCUGCGAAAUAUCGGUUAUACCUUCAGGUCUUUGAAUGACUGUUUAUCACCAGAUGAGCCUAUUCAACCGGUUGUUCGUGAGAGUAUAAGGAUACGACCAAUCAAGAAAGUUGCGACCCCUGCAGAGCAGCUUCAAGCUAUCUUUUUGGAAACCGCUCAACUUGAAGAAACUCCGGCAGUGAAUUUAGAAGAAGUAACAUCAGUUCCUCAACAAAACGUUUGGUACGAAGCACCGGCGGCAGGAACCCCUGUGAAGGUCAAGAAAAAGCUCAGUUUGGCAGACUAUAAAAAGAAGCAUGCGUAG